AUGGAUGCCCACCAUCUCGAGGAAGAAAACGCUAAACUUCGCCAGCGUAUUGCUGAAUUAGAAGCUAAUAAACAAGUUCUACCUAAAGCUUUUGGACCUGAAGAUAAAGCUGCCCCUUUCGAAAAAGUAGAAAAGUUGAGCAAUGAAGAGAUUUUCCGUUUUGGACGUCAAUUAGUAACACCAGGCUUUGGUUAUGAUUGUGCAGGAGGAUUGGGUUCAGCUGUAGCUAUCUAUCUUGGCUCAGCCGGUGUAGGCCGUCUUGGUAUUGUGGAUCAUGAUACGGUAGAUACAAAUAAUUUACAUAGACAAGUGAUCCAUACUCAGGCUCGUAAAGGAAUUAAUAAAGCUGUAUCAGCAACUAUGACAAUUAAAAGUAUCUAUCCUGAGGCAGAUAUUGUGCCUUAUGCUUUUACGCUUGACAGAACAAACGCGCUUGAAUUAAUCAGACAAUACGACAUCAUCAUUGAUGCUACAGAUAAUAUUGCUACUCGAUAUUUACUCAGUGAUGCUGCCGUCUUGGCAGGAAAACCAGUUGUUUCAGGUAGUGCACUCAGAAAUGAUGGGCAGCUUACCAUUUACAAUUAUAAAGGAAGUCCUUGUUUUCGCUGUCUUCACCCUGUACCUCCCCCCGCUGCCACUGUUGGUAAAUGCGUAGAUAAUGGUGUACUAGGUGUUGUCCCUGGUCUAGAUGACUCUAGUUUCUUGAUUUUCAGUGGAAUGAGUAAUCCCAUGUUCAGAACAAUGAAGCUGCGUGGCAAAAAGAAGGAUUGCGCUAUUUGUGGUGAACAUCCUACUAUUACUGAAUUGAUUGAUUAUGUUCAAUUCUGUAAUGGCGCGGCUGAUGAUAAAACUGUGAAUGCAAAUAUUUUAAAAAAUGAAGAGCGUAUCAGUGCGAAGGAAUAUAAUGAUAUUGUCCACAAAGGGGAUAACCAUCUUUUGAUUGAUUGUAGACCAGCAGUUCAAUUUGGUAUUUGCAAGCUACCGAAUAGUAUUAAUAUCCCCAUCGACGACUUUGGUAAAAAAAUGGAUACUAUAAAGAAUUUGAUGAAGGAAAAGAAUGUAGCAGAUAAGAAUGGUAAGUUCGAAUUAUGGCGUUAA